AUGAAUGACUUGGUUUUUGUGAUGAAUAACUUGAAGUUAAAAAGUAAACAAAAUAGAAAAAGUAUUGCUCUUCCAUUUGAUGAGAUUGAGUCUGAUGAUGAAUGGAUAACUAAAGAGGGAUAUAAUGAUGAGGAUGAGCAACCUCAAGGUGAAGGUGAUGGUGUUGAAUUAGUAGGAGAUGUUGGAGGAAGUUCAAAUGAUCUAGUUGUAGAUGCUUUUGAUCUAGAUAAUUUAAUUUUGGUGGAACCUAAUGAUGAUGCACAAUCUGAGAAAGACCUUGAUGAUGAUGGAGAUGGUGAUGAAAGUGAUGGUAUUCAUGUAGAUGAUCAUAUUAGAGGAUUGGACAUGGUUCUUUGA